AUGGUGGCCCGGAAGAAGCCUGAUUUUGUUUUUCUGAUGGAAACUAAAGUGAAACGUGACAAUGCAGAGAGGUUACGAGUGAAGCUUGGGUUUGAAGGAUUAUUUUAUGUUGAUCCAGUGCGAAUGGGUGGUGGUUUGGCUUUGUUAUGGAGAAAGAACAAUACGGCAAGAUUGAUGAGUUUCUCGAAGAAUUAUAUUGACUUGGAAAUUAGCAUAGCUGGUUUCCCAAACUGGCGGAUGACUUGCUAUUAUGGUUAUCCGCUCCGAAGUAGAAGAAGGGACGCAUGGAAUCUCAUUAAGUCUCUGAAGCAACAAUCCACUCUACCAUGGGUUAUGAUAGGGGAUUUUAAUGAUCUCUUGUUUCAACAUGAGAAGAGGGGAGGUAAUCCACAUCCUAAUUACCUUUUACGGGGUUUUGGGGAGGCCGUUGAAUUUUGUGGUAUGACUCAGCUGCCAAUGGAAGGGUACCAGUUUACAUGGGAAAAGGGGAAGGGCACAGAUCGGUGGAUGGAGGAGAGACUGGACAAAGGAGGGGGAGGGUACGAAAACAAUUCCGGUUCGAGAUGGCAUGGAUCUAUGAUGAGGGUUGUAGGGCCGUGGUGGAAGAAGCAUGGAAUGAGAAAAGGCAUGAGGGGCUGCACGAGUGCAUUACAUAUUGUGGGAAACGAUUAUCUCGUUGGGGGGGGUGAUCGCUACCAUAAAUUUGGAGAACGUAUUAAGCAACUCCGAAGUGACCAGUUACGAUUGAGGGGGCGAACGGACUCACAAUCGUUGGCUGAAUUUCAGCGAUUGGAGGAGGAAUUGAGCCGUGUUGAGGCCCAGGAGGAUGCGUACUGGAAACAAAGAGCUAAACAACACUGGUUGAAAAAUGCGGAUGCCAAUACAAGAUUCUAUCACAUGUAUGCUUCUCACCGUAAAAAGAAAAACUUUAUAACUAGAAUUAUGGAUAAUACUGGGGAUUGGGUGGAAGGGGAGGCAAUGAAUGAUGUGGUUUUGGAUUAUUUUGCCAAUAUCUUUUGCUCUAGUAAUCCGGGGGAUGGGCAUGAAUUGUUUGAGAAAGUUACACCGAAAGUCACACAGGACCAGAAUGAUACAUUAUUACAACCCUUUAGGGUGGAUGAAGUUAGAAGUGCCCUAUUUGCGAUGUUCCCUGAUAAGGCACCGGGUCCAGAUGGAAUGAAUCCUGGCUUCUAUCAGCACUACUGGGAUGUGGUGGGUGGGGAUCUGGCACAUUAUAUUGUUGAAUGUCUUAAUACUCGUGUUUUUCCCUCUGCAUUGAAUGAAACAAAUGUUGUGUUAAUACCGAAGAAGGAGAUGCCUGAGCUGGUGACAGAUUUAAGACCCAUAGCCCUAAGUAAUGUUGUUUAUAGGAUAAUGGCAAAAAUGAUUACUCAAAGAAUGAAGCCCCUGAUGGAUAGUGUCAUAUCUAGUACACAGAGUGCAUUUAUACCAGAUAGACUCAUCACCGACAAUAUUUUGAUAGCAACAGAAGUGGGCCACUUUCUUAACAGAAAACAGUGUGGAGCAGUUGGGUGGGGUGCUUUAAAAUUAGAUAUGGCAAAGGCUUAUGAUCGAAUGGAAUGGCCUUUCCUACAAGGGAUGUUAAAAGCUUUGGGGUUUGAUGAGAGAUGGGUGGAACUGAUCAUGUUAUGUGUGACUACAGUGUCUUAUAAGUUUUUGAUAAAUGGCUCUCCUAGUGACCCAAUCAUGCCUACACGUGGUCUCAGGCAGGGCGAUCCAUUGUCACCAUAUCUGUUUAUUAUAUGUGCAGAAGGACUUUCCCUAUUACUUCAACAGGCACAGGAUAGUGGUUUAAUUCAUGGCUGCAGGGUGGCACGAGGUGCACCACCGAUUUCUCAUUUAUUCUUUGCAGAUGAUAGCCUUUUGUUCUUUAAAGCUAAUCAGGAUGAGGCAGUUGAGAUUAAAAAUUGUUUGGCCAGAUAUGAAGCCUACUCAGGACAAAUGGUGAAUUAUCAUAAGUCUAGUAUCUGUUAUAGCAAGAACACAUGUAGUGGUGAUAGAGAGAUGGUGGCACAGAUCCUGGGGGUGACCCAAGCUCCGAAUUUUGGAAAAUAUUUGGGGUUACCAGCUUUUAUAGGAAGGAAUAAAAAGGCAGCAUUUGCUUAUAUUGAAGAUAAGAUCAGGCAAAGAAUUGGCUCGUGGAGUAAGAAACUUUUAACACAGGCCGCUAUUGAGCGGGUAAUGAACAGAUAUUGGUGGGGAACAGGAACUGACCGAGGAAUUCAUUGGAAGGCAUGGGAUAGACUGUGUAUACCCAAGAAAUAUGGGGGCCUAGGUUUCAAGGACCUGAAGGCAUUUAAUUUGGCUAUGUUGGGGAAGCAAGCUUGGCGGUUCCUAACAAAUACUGACUCAUUGGUAUCCCGUGUGUAUAAAGCUAGGUAUUAUCCUAAACUAACUUUUUCAGAAGCAAGUAUAGGCAAUAAUCCUAGCUACUGUUGGAGGAGUAUUAUGGCUGCAAAAGAAUUAAUUACCAGUGGGGUGCGACGACGGAUUGGAAAUGGUGAGUCGACUCUAAUAUGGAAAGACCCAUGGCUCCAGGACGAAUUAGAUCCUAUGAUUCAGACUGAGAUGCCAGUACAGUUGGCAGAUGCUAAGGUUGCAGGAUUGAUUGAUCAAACAACUGGGAUGUGGGACCCCCAUAUUCUAGCUGAUAUUUUCCAACCAAAUGAUGUAACUAGAAUUUUAAAGAUCCCCAUCUCCCCGGAUUAUGAGGACACUUGGUACUGGCACGGGGAUCCGAAUGGAUGCUACUCCGUCAAGAAUGGGUACAGAAGUAUAGUGGGCAAUUAUGAUACAAACAUGGGAUUUGAUAGAUGGAAUACCCUAUGGCAUCUCAAAAUACCCCCGAAAUGGAAAAUGUUUUUAUGGAGAGCAAUGAGCAAUAUAUUACCCACUACCACUAAUUUACUUAUGAAGAGAGUGGAUAUUGAUCCGUUAUGUGCAAUGUGUGGCCUAGUAAAUGAAGAUAUAGUGCAUUCAUUGGUAGUGUGUGACUAUGCAAAAGCCAUUUGGAGCCAAUCUAGCCUUCCAAUCCCCCAAAUUAUGACAAAUGUUUUUUAUGAUUGGUUUGGAACAUUAUUGGAUGUUCUAAAUUCUGAUGAAAUAUUCUUUGCGGCUGCAAUCCUAUACAAUAUUUGGAGAGCCCGAAACGAAGCGGUGUGGAAGGGUUAUUUAUCAAUGCCGAAAAAGAUUGUUGCAACGGCCUUAGCAACCGUAAAAGCAUGGCAGCAAGUACACGCUACUGCCGCUAUGAGGGCUGCCACAGCCGAUCAAACUGCCCAGCAGUCCAUGGGUUCGCCUCAUGUCACACCGCCCCAUGGCAUUCAGCCCCACGCCGUAACACACCAAAUUGUACCACUGGCCAACGCCCCAGGAUUAUUGCCGCAACAUCCGCAAGCCAUUAUGCCGCAGCCUGCUACGGGCUCUUCAACACAGCCGAGGCAAUGCUACAUCGACGCCAGCUAUGUGCCGUCGUCCAUGACGGCCACUGUUGGAGCGAUACUGUUCACCCACACUGGCAAUUAUAUAUCCGCUUUUUGUACUCCACCGCAAAACUAUUUUUCACCACUCAUGGCCGAGGCGAUGGCAUGCAAGGAAGUGCUGUCGUGGCUCAAGGAUAGGGGAGAGCAAUCGGUUAAUCUCUACACGGAUUGCCAGACAUUACUCACGUAUUUGACGUCAACUACUACUCGCCCAAGAUCAUACCUGGGCUACGUCCUCGAUGACUGCAGGACCUUUUUAAAUAUGUUUGAUUAUUUGAAAUCUUUUGGAACCGAGGGACGAAGGCCUGCUUUUGUGGUUGCUCCAAGCGACAAAAUCUACAACUACGUAGUUUUCUAUGGCAGUGAUAUGAAUGAUUUGCGCGUUAUAUCUUCUCCACCAAGUGUCCCAUCUCUGCUUGAUGAUUCUGCCAUAAUCGAGUCACGCGAUUCACUUCCUCCACCGAUGCAUACUGGCUUGGCAUCUACUGGUGCUGUUAAAGCACCUAAUCAUCAGCAGUUUACUACUACUGUUAAAGCACCUAAUCAUCAGCGUUCAUCUCCAUUGUCUUCUCUGUCUUCACCGUAUUCUCUUUCAUUCUCCAUCUUCGCCACCGAUUACGCCUGA